GUGACAGGGGAGGGGACUGUUAAGGUAGGCAGCAUACAGUGUUACCAAUAUUGGUGACAACUUCGUCUCCCUGCAGCGAUGUUGUUCAACGCGCUCACUGAUUUACGUGAAAACAGGACAUCGGUAAAUUAGAAUUCGAUUUUUCAAACUCGCCGUGGGAAUAACAUCGCGGAAAAAAUAUGAAGAACGGGCAAUAUUGAACUGGUGGUUUAAUACGUAUGAAUUCUGAAUCUGUACCGUACACGCGUUUAUGUGAUUUCGUGGCGCAUAGGUGACACACAUUGUUUCGAUACAAAUUUUGACUCUAAUUAAUUCGGAUAAACAAUCUGCUAUAUCAGUGUACCGUUUACGAACAACGGACCUUAGCGAUAAGUGGGUCUAUCGGUAUCGAUCUGAACUCGAGCUUUUUGUGGAUUGUUUUGGCCAAGUGAUUAAUGUCGUGGACCUUUUGUCUAAAAUAUUUACUCAGUGUCAAUAGUGUUAUAGGUGAGGGCCUACUCUCUUCAAAUAGCACCCUGACUACGGUGAGAUACGGGGAGCCUCCGGUUCCAAACGUUGUUUACACAGGCGCUUAUUUCCGUCCACUAUCGUACGGACUCGCGGAUUUAUUUUGACCGCUGGUCAGUUGGAUUAAGGAAUAUCGAGGAAAAUUAAUUAAGGUUCGGUCUAAUGUAGGUAUCGGGAGCCAUGAACAGCUAAAUACAAUGGCAGGACUCCGUCUUGAGCCGCGCCAGUUGGCGGUGUGUCACAGCGAGAUUGGCGCUGGCCACGAUGUGACGCACCUUCUCUCGCACAUCAACCAGAACUUCAAGCAGUCGAAAGCGGACCAAAUCCUAAGGUUGUUGAGGGACCAAGACAAGGCCCACGACAAACUAGACGACGAUCUUAAACUUUUAGAGGAAUACGAUCAGAUACGCGAAGAGGACGCGGCGCGCGAUAGUGACACGCUUACGGAUUCUAGUUCAGUGAGUGAUAUAGAUAUUAACGAGGAAGCGGAAGAAGGGGACGCCGAUAAUAAUGGCGAGGCGCAUAUGAAUAUGAAUACUAACGCAGAUAAUCCUGCGGUUGAGCGUCCUAGAACGCGGGCCAGCCGGUCUCGAACCUCCAUUGGAUUUCAUAAUGACGGUAUACCCGUGGUUAAGGAUAAUGCUUUUACAACACAGAUAGACACGCGUGAUAUAAGUUUACGACCAAAGUCUAGUUAUGUUCGUAGAAACCAAUACAGGCGGCCGACCGAAGGUGACGUUAGUGUCGGUAAUCCGGACGCUGAAGACGCGGAAACGCCGUCAAUUAGGAGGAUUUCCAAAUCCGCCAGGCCGAAAAGUCGCCUUGGACGGGCGUCGAUUCCGCUGUCGGAGCGAAAAAUUGUCAUGGUAGAAGCAAAAACUGUGCCACAGGAUCGAGCGGUGGCUGAUAAAGAAAAAGACGAUUAUGUAAAAAGUGUUAACAAUAUGUAUGACAGAUUUUCUAGUACGCGACAGGCAAAGCGGGACAGUAAACGAGCCAAAGCUUUCUGUGAUUCAGUGAUUGUUGCGCAACGUGAGUUGACGAACGAAAAUAUGAGUGUGGACUCCGGUGGUAAUUCUAUGGAUGUUCUUGAAGAAAUGACAGAGGUACAUCCAUUGGUGCCUGCUUCGGUUAGUCACCAAAGACCUGUGGCGAGUAAUGACGAGUCUGUUGUACACAUAAACAGUCAAAGAGACCCGCCUGAAAGUGUGGUUCACCGCCUUUCUCCUGCCCCAGCGCCCCAUAUCUCCCCGACGACGACACAGCAUCCAUCGGCUCAACACCAGCCGCAAUACCAUCGCCAAAUGGAUUACCAGCAAUAUCAGCAGCAACCCCUUAGUCAGCACCAACAACAGUUUAAGCGUGCUGCAGUAGGAAACAGACCUGAGCGCCAAGAGUCUUUCGUCGGUUAUCCCCAAUCGCACGUUGCGGAUCCUCAUUUUGUGCGUUCGGACACUGUCGUCAGUACGGCAACUCUGCGCUCCGAGAGGCCAGAGAAGUCGCAAGUGCAUCUGAAACAUUCAAGUUCAAACGCCGGUAGUCAUGGUCGACCCCGAAAUCCGGAACCAGUUUCGUCGCGCCCCAUUGAGCGACCGGAUAUAAGGCCAAGUACCCGCUCACGUCGCUUGCAGCGGCGCUUCAUGCCGCAGUCUCAACCGCACACGUCCAACGUUCGUCCGACGUCAGAAUCAGUGAUACUCGCCCGACAAAAGACGGAGAAAAACCUCAUAAAACAGAAAUCGGAUAACAGGCCCCAAUCGGAGAAAAUUCCGAUGAAUUCAAACAAAAUGUUGUCAGUGGCGGAAAAUCCUACGCAGGGGCCCCAAACGUACAUUACAUCCAAAGCCGGAGUAACGCAAGCGUCGCACGUCCAGGCUGGUUUCCGGGGUUAUGACCCAGGAAGUAGAAUGAAGUCAUCGAUGCAGACACGAAACAUUCCCGGAGAUCUGACCCUACCUCGCCAAGGACACGGUGUUGCCUCCAGGAAAGGACCGGUAACGCUUAUGAAGUUACCUCCCCUGGAGGCAUCGCUAGCGGCGAAAAAGAAGGAAAGGGGACUAACUCUGGCUCAGAGAGAGACAUGUGUAUGAUGAAUUCUGAUUGUUUAUGUUAAGUAUUCGUCAAUGUUAUAUUUGAUAUACAAUGUCACGUGAUGGGCGCAUUUUCUUGAACUUGUGAUGGACUAAAAAUACGCAAUUGGUUUGUAUUCCGGAAACAAAUCGUUUACAUAUAUAUUACGUACGGACGUUUCAUAUAUUUAAGAGAUGUAACCAAGAACAUUAUACAAGUCUGAAAUUAUUCUUUCCUCAGUAAUUAAGGACGGCGAAUUUCAUACCCCUGCUUCUAUGAUGGAAAUGAAGGAAAAUAGUUUAAGUAAAAUGUUUAGCAUUGGAUCAGACUGUUAACAAAUCGCCAUGAUUUGUGAAGUAAAAUGUUAGCAAUACUCUUUUAUAACAUGCAUAAAGAUGUUCUGAUAUACUGAAAACAUCGUGGGAAUUCCUUCAUCUCGACUGCAUGAUUUGUUAAUCAAGUGACCAUCUGAAUUCAGAAGUCAGUUUUUGGCAGAGGGUUGUCAGUAUUAACAUUUGCACUAGACUUAUACAAUGAAUUUCAUUUAAAAGUUAAUGUCGACUGACUUUAAAGUUAAACCAAAUGGGAAAAUUUUUAUUAUAGUUUUUGAUUUAAUAGCACCUGCUAUUGUCAUGUGAGCCACGUCAUGCGUAAAUGAGGUUUAUGUCAUAUGCGGCAAGCGCACCUCUGGACUAGCGUGUGCAGUCGAGCAGUCGCGUCAAGAAAAUCGCUGUCCGCUAUAAAAUCAAGCACGGUUUUGUGAUUCAUUAGAGGCCAGGAUAGCUUAUAACUAAACUGCGCGGAUACGCAGGCUGGUUUGGAGCUACUCUGGCCGUAUACGGCAUAAGACCCAUUUUCGCACGAUGAGGGUCAUAUGAAGUAUAAUACAUUCGAUUCACUUUUCAAAUGUUCGCUGAUGCUACUGUUCAUACGUAUCAGCACGUUCAGUGCUAUCUAAUGAAGAAUUAGAUAUGUCAAUAAUUGCAUUUUAAUUUGAUUUGUUGUGUAAUGUUUUUGUUCAGUUAAGUUUUAGUGUACCAUUACAAUAUUUAAGACUGCAAUUCGAAUAAAAUCGUGUACUAUUUUCAUAUAUUUUAAAUACCAAACUUUCAAAAGUUGGAACUCUAAAUGCGUUGUUUUCGAAGUCAGAUACGGAAUGCGAACAGGUAAUUAAGUGAUUACGUGUAAAAUGGACCAUAAAAUAAGGUGGAUUAAAGUAAAUACUUUAAAUAUAUCUGAUCAAUAGCUGAGUUUAUUGAAUGAUUGAAUCACAUAAGGGAUUUAAAUUAUGUUAAAUCGGCUCGUUUAUCCGCGCUGAAGUGGGUUAUUUCCAUCAGUUAGUGUGAAGAACGUUAUUUUAACAAAGUACACAACGCCCAAAUAAGUUAUUUUAUUAUACAUGUGCGAUAAUUUAAGUGAUUAUGCUCUAAGAUUAUUUCUGAAAACAGAUGUAUUUUUUACAAAUUAAACUUCAAAACAGACACAGGAGCAUGAACAAACAUAAGAAAAUGCAAAAUUAUGGAAUAAUGGUGUGUAUUAAAAGUAGCGUAGCAGGCGUUUGACACCAACGGUUGUUUUCAAAGUUCAAAUUGCUUAUGUACUUUAUCUUUUUUUCAACUGUCCAUAAUAUUCAAAUACAAUAUAUAUUUUUUGUGGUUGUUAAUAAAGUUAAGUAUUGUUUUACAUGUAUAUUUUUUGCCUAAAAAAGAGAAUAUUGCCAUGUCAAAGAAAAAUACCUAAUAAAUAUUUUCGUAUUUUUACCGAAUAUGUACCAAUCAAGUGUAAAGAACUGGAUAAAUCAUACAAAAUAUUUGGUUGUCAAAUACCCCAAUUACUUUGUCACAAACGUUUUACUUUACUUACGCUAAUAGUGGAGACGUGCUCUCACCUGCUUUUAUCCACAUGAAUGUAUGCUGAAAUGUCGACUUCAAAGGUUAUUCUGAUCUAGUGUAUUAAUUGGACGAACAAAAACGUUUUAAAUUAUUAUUGUAUUAAUCUCGCAGUUCUGAUUGUUUUUUAUAAAGUAUGUAAAACAUAAGAAGCAAUUUUGUGAAUUAAAAUAACACUAUUGUGAAAAAUCUGUAUUCAGCUGGACAGCGAUUUGAAGGCGAAAACAAAAAAAGAGCAGAAGGUGCUUUUCAAUUGAAAACUAUUGUGUGUUUUUUGUCAAUAUGAUACUAGUAAUGAACUUGAUCAGUUUACUGAAAAAUGACAUUAUUCCUGUAUAAAAAUGAAAUUGACAGAAAUGUGAAUAAAAUAUCAUAGGCCAUAUAGGGAGCAGCAUUUUGUUAAUUGGUCGUUGAUUUUGAUAACUGACGCAUUUUUAUAUACCUUUUGUUCAUACCUUACAAUGCUAAGCAUAGGUACCGUCGUCCUAAAAGCAUUUGAUAUUCUUGUGUGGAAAAACAUUUAAACGAUAAUUUAUAGUUUAGAUGCUAAAUGUAUCGUUCUGGGAAAAAUGGGCUUAAUGCAUGUGCGUGAAGUGUCAACCCAGAUUAGCCUGUGCAGUCCGCACAGGCUAAUCAGGGACGACACGUUUUGCUUUUAUGGUAUUGUUCGUUUAAAGGAAGUCCAUUCUUACCGAAAAUCUUGUUCAGGCGAAAUGUGUCGCCCCUGCUAAGCCUGUGCGGACUGCACAGGCUACUCUGGGACGACACUAUACACACAUGCAUUAUGCCCAGUUUUCUCAGAACGCGACUCAUUUUAUAUUACGAACAUAUCAGUUGUUUGCAUAUGUAAUGUCCUUAGAAAAUGUUCUAAUGUUUUCGCCCGGGAUUGAAAUACCUCAGAAUCAAUUAUUUCUCUCUUAAAUAUACCUGUUAAGUUCGUCCAUUGUAGUACAUGUAUAUUGUUAAUAGUUUAUGAAAAAAUAAAUAUUUUAGAUAUCA